CUCCCCCAGGCCCGCCGCUGCACAGUGUGGGCAGCGCGGCAAUCGGGGUGACCAGGGCCCGGGUGCGGGUGCCUGGCGCGCGCGCGCGUGUUGGCCGCUCGCCGACGGGGCCCCGAUUCCUGCCGAGUGUAGAGAGAGGAGAGAGUGAACAGGGAGCGGGGCUUUGUCUGUUGGUCUCCCUAGACUGAAGAGAGGGAGAAUAGAAGUCCGACUAUUAAGAUUCUCAAAAUGGUUUCCCACUCAGAACUCUUUGUCUGGGAUAGUCAAGAGUCAUUUCCAGACAAGGAAAUGGAAGGAAAUUUUCCUAAGGGAAGACUUCCUGUCCCAAAGGAAGUGAACCGCAAGAAGAACGAUGACACCAGCGCUGCCUCCCUGGUUCCAUUGGGCAGCAAUGAACUCCGCUCCCCAAGUAUCAGUUACCUCCACUCUUUUUAAUCGUAACACCUCCAUUUGUAUUACAUAUGGUGUUUGGGUAUUGAUGAGGUCAUGGUAUCAUAUAUGGGAUUUUUUUCUGUGUAAAUCAUCAAGUGUAAGAAGAAACUCUGGGACUCUGAGCUUGCUUUACAGAAUUUACAGUGGACAAAUAGGUGUCAUCAAACCAGUUUUUAAUCAUUCUGACUCAAGUGAAAACGCUCAGAAUUUCACACUGUGAAUCCACGUUUACAACCCCUACAGGUGGGCCUUCAGGCCUGGUUCGCUACAACAAUGUCUUCCACAAGUCAAACUCCCACUGCGCUCACAUGACCGGUCCACUCCUGCCUUCUCACUCACACAGCUCCCGACUGCUUCUUGCAGAGGCUGAGAGUCCCCAUUGUUUUUUUUUUUUUUUCAUUUAGAUGUAACAAGCCUAGUAGUUUAUGUCCAUCAAUUGUCUGUAUAUCUCUAUAUUUUACCCAUGUACUCCUUUGAUGUAUAGAAGUAGUUUGAAACUCAUUGUUUCCUUGUGGUAAGUGACCGAGAUGCUGCCACAGGACCUGAGACACUGAUGAAUGGUGCUAUUUUGGACUUUCAACAUGCUCCUUGGCAAGGUAGCUCUGAUGGAGUUAUUUUUUAUUUCCAUGUUCUAAGAAGGUGUUGGUACUCUUGUUUCCCUGAAUGUUAUUCUCUAGACUGGAUUGACGUGUUUUCCUUGUGUCUUCAGUGUGGCUUUCUUCCUCAGUGCUGUAGGUAGAGUGAAUGCUACCAAGAGUGUGAGAGACUGUUGUUUCAUUGGCUGGCACUCAUGGACACGCAGUCAGGGUAGCGGGAGCAAUCACAAAACUGUAAUUUACUUACCAAAUCUCUUCCUUUCUGUUGCCUCACCUGCCUGACUUAGAGAAAGAAAAGCAAUAAUUUUACAGGCAUUUUGAGGUGUCUCUUUGGAUUCUUUUUGUUUGGAUAUUUGGGAUGGGGAGGGGAAGGGUCCACACUUUUAAAAUAAACGUCCUGUGAAAAAAAUCCAAAAUACUGGCAUCUGAGUAGAAAUAUGAACAUUAUACCUGUCCCCAAAAUUAAGUUGGAAAAAUGUCUUCAAAAAAACAAUAAAUAAAAGGCAGAGCGUCAUUUUUUUUCUGGCAGUUUUGAUAAGCAAGGUAUAGAUUUUACAUUUUUGUCCUUGCUCCCAGUGAAAUGGGUAAACAAAAAUAAAAUCAGUAAUGCCAUCUAUUCAUGGAAUGUUGUUGUGUUAGCCAGUCUGAAAGCCCACCUUAAUUUUUAUAUAACUGUCUUUUAGCUCUUCCUUUGACAGGGCAGGCCUUGUUCUGAACUGUUUGCUGCUGACUGUUAACCACCAAUAACUGCAUGCACUGCACUUCUUUCUUCUCUCCUUGCUCCCCACUGGCCUGAGUUUCUUGUGCAUCCCUUCCAGCUUCCUUUUUGUUAGAAUAGGUCUAUCAGCUGUGUAAAUAGAGCAAGAAAACAGUAUUCUGCAUCUGUGGCAUUUAUGUAGAGUUGCAGUUGUGUACUGCUGAAAAUGCAGGCUUUUGUAACAAUGUGAUCCUUAACUGAUGCACUCAUAAGUACCCAAUGUAUUUUAGUAGUAUUUGUUCAAUAAAUAUGCAAGCUGGAUGGUAA